CAGGGCGCUGCACGGAAGAAGGCGGCGCGAGGGUGCAUCAUUAUCAUCAACAUUGCCACUAAAAUGCGCAAAAGCUACCAGCCAGCGCGCUUUGCGGAUACAGUGAAGUAUCUCGAAUAAAUGAAUGUGUUUAUAUAUGCGGUAUUAUUUAUGUGCGCCUGUAAACAGUGCCAGCGCUGUUCGGGUUAUUCAUCUUUACAAGCCACAUGCUGCGUCUAAUGUGCGCAGCACUGUCCACUCGAGGACACUUCGAGAGGAAGAUCAACUCCAAACUCUAAAACUCGCAAUCAAUGAAUACAUGUUAAACAUCUUUACCAGGUGAUCGGAUAGAUAACGUAAUUGCAAGGGGGUUUUAUUAAGCGGUAAGAUGGACGGUGUCAGUAAACCUAUGCUUGAUCCUAAAGAGCACCAGCACUUACGGUACAAUCCUCUGCGGGACUCGUGGGUUCUGGUCUCGGCCCACCGGAUGAAGCGUCCGUGGAAAGGACAGGUGGAGAAACAGCCAGAGGACAACAUCCCACGACAUGACCCACACAACCCCCUCUGUCCCGGCAGCGUGAGAGCUAAUGGAGAGGUGAAUCCUGAAUAUGACUGCACGUUCAUGUUUGACAAUGAUUUCCCUGCUCUCCAGCCUGACGCUCCAGACCCCGGUUCAGAUCAUCACCCACUCUUCCAAAGCAAAGCAGCCAGAGGUGUUUGUAAGGUCAUGUGUUUCCACCCCUGGUCUGACAUCACCCUCCCGCUCAUGCAGCCCGCAGAGAUCCGCAAAGUGAUUGACAAGUGGGCAGAUCUGAUUGUAGAGCUGGGUGCUGAAUACACGUGGGUGCAGAACUAA